AUGGCUCGUGGAGCUACUUGGUCACAAGAGGCUGUCGGGAGCGUGCAAGCAGCGAUGCCACAUGCACGGGCCACAGGCCACCUGGAGGUCGUGGACUUUCUCCUUUCCAAAGGAGCCAAUGCAAAUGGCGUCACGACCUUCAACAGCACGCCCUUGGCAGCAGCGUGUUCCCACGGGCACUUCGAAGUUGCCAAACUUCUCCUGGAACACGGAGCUUACACUGAGGCUGUCGAUCACCAAGGGGACAACUGUCUGAUGCUCGCCUCUUGCAGUGGUCAUCUUGAUAUUGUGAAGUACCUUUUGAAUAUCGGAGUCGAUGUGAACAGAAGAAAUAUAUACGGGAAAAGCGCUUUGUACGGUAGUGUAGAAUCAGGAAAUCUGGAAGUAAUGAAAGUACUGCUGUCUUACAAUGCUACGUUGGAGGCCGAUUACUCUGGCACAACACCUUUAAUGGCAGCGAGCUCUCGUGGUCAUGCAAAUAUCGUUGAAUAUCUCGUUUCCAGAACAGAUAUUUCUAGGAUGGAGAAGAUCGAAGCACUGGAGCUUCUUGGAGCCUCAGUUUUAGACAAAAUAAGAGAUGCAGUCGGUGCUGUCGAGUACUGGAAGUCAGCGCUGAGUCUAAGGUACGUCGAUGGAGCGCUGAUGUACCCAAAACCUGACCAUCACCUGUCAUGUCCUUUAUGUGACGAAUUCGGUGAAUUCACGACCGUCCAACAACUGGAGGCCAUAGAAAACAACAACAAUGCAGUGUACCUACAGUCUCUGCUUGUGAGGGAAAGGAUCCUGGGUACUGAUGAUGCUGGAACAAUGAGAAGUUUCCGGUCGACCGGGCUUGAUUAUGCAAGAUGUGGUGAUUUGAAAUGGUGCAUCAACUUAUGGCUUCACGCCAUCAGUAUGCAACAGCUUCAACUCAAGCCACUAGACCCAAGUAGACUGUUUCACCUGCAGUCGUUUGUUAGUUUAUUCGCAAUCGUGAUGAACAGUAACCACACACGCAAAUGGAAUUAUAAACCCGCGAUCUACUUUGAGGAUUUAAUGUGUGCUUUUGAAGUCUGCACUGAAGAGAUGGCAAUGGUUACUUAUAGUAUACUGAAUGAAACCUGCAUUUGUGAAAGAAAGAACCACGAUUCCCACCUCGACCAGGUUAUUGCUGUCGUAAUGCAUCUGUUAGUCUCAUUAACUCGGUUACAGACAGAUUUCUGGGCCAGUCAGUGGUGCGAGGUGAAAAUGGCAGUGAGUAGGUUGGUGAAUAUGGAUCCAAGGGACUCCACAGGUUCGACUCUCCUCCACCUGGCAUGUUCUCUGGGUGUCAGGGACAUUGGAAACUUGCUGCUGCCAAUCUCUGAUUCUCUCAGGACAGAGAUCGUAGACCUUCUCCUGGAAACUGGUUCAGAUCCUUGCGCCAGAGACCAUGCGGGUAACACACCCUUCCAUGUACUUGCCUGGAAUGAAGACGUUUCAGAGAACACAGUAGGUGCUCUUCUGUCUGCGGGAGCUAACUUGGACGAUGUAAAUAGCAGAGGUGAAACUUUUGGAUCGUUGAUGGCUUCCCGGGAACAGCCACUUGGUCAAUUUGAAGAUACUGUGAGUCAUAGUUUUGUGCAGUGCCUGGCUGCUGAAUGA